AUGAAGCUCUCACGAGUGUCGCUAACGUUGCUGGGUCUGGUGCCAUUGGUAUCAGGUCUAGGCCAACAGGCUAUUGUUUCUUUCAACAGCUCGGACGACGCCUUCCAGAUUGUUGGCGGCGAUGCCGGUAAAGGCCAAAUCCGUGUCUCCGAGGACGAAUACUGGGGAGUGAUUCGUGCCGCCGGAGACCUUGCCGUCGAUUUUGGACGUGUCACUGGAACAAACUUCACGCUCAGCAACGGCAAGAAGGAUGCUUCUGCGGCCAAGUAUACCUUUGAGCCUGUGGAUGUAAAGAACAACACCUUUUAUCGCACUCUCAAAGAGGAGAGCUUUUCUGGCCCCGCAUACUCAGACCCUGAUGAAGCCAACACGGUCAUCAUUGUCGGUACAAUCGGUCAUUCAAAGCUUAUUGACUCUCUCAUUGACGAUGGCCUGAUCGAUGUCAGCAAAAUUGAAGGCAAAUGGGAGUCUUUUGUUAGUCAACUUGUCAAGGAUCCCCUCAACGGAACAGCCCAGGCACUCGUCAUUGCAGGCAGCGACCCUCGAGGAACCAUUUACGGUAUCUAUGAUGUCAGCGAACAGAUUGGUGUCAGUCCAUGGUACUGGUGGGCCGACGUCCCUGUGCGUAAGCGGGACGAGAUUUAUGUUACAUCCAAGCCCAAGGUUCAAAAGUCACCUUCAGUCAAGUACCGAGGUAUCUUUCUCAACGACGAGCAGCCAGGUCUAUCCAGCUGGGUCGGCUCUCGAUGGAAGCCAACUUGGAACAAUGCUGCUCCCUACAACCAUGAAUUCUACGCUCUUGUUUCAGAGCUACUUCUUCGUCUACGUGCCAACUACCUCUGGCCAACCGUCUGGGGUAGCAUGGUCUACAUCGAUGACCCAUUCAACCAGCCACUACUUGAUGCCUACGAAAUUGUACUCGGUGGAUCUCACACAGAGCCUAUGAUGCGAGCACAGAACGAAUUCAAAAAUUUCUACGAAGGUGAUUGGCAGUACCACACCAACAACGAGACCAUUGAUGAGUACUUCCGCUAUGGUGUUGAGAGAGCCAAGCCCUAUGCUCGAAACAGUAUGUGGACCAUGGCCAUGAGAGGAACUGGUGACACUGCUAUUGAAGGCAACAUUGGAAUCGACGGCAUUGUUGACAUGCUUGAGACUCUUGUCGACAACCAACGCGAGAUUCUCAAGAAAGGUCUCAAGGUUGACAACUUGACCGAUGUUCCCUCAUUAUGGUGUCUGUACAAGGAGGUUCAGUCCUACCAGGAGCGCGGCCUGGAGGUUCCAGAUGAUAUCACUCUGCUAUGGGCAGAUGAUAACUGGGGAAACAUCCGCCGAUUGCCUCUUGCCAACGAGACUGACCGUUCAGGUGGUGCCGGUGUCUACUACCAUUUCGACUAUGUCGGUGACCCAAGAAACUACAAAUGGAUCAACACUAUUCAACUCGAGAAGACAACUGAGCAAAUGACUCUGGCCUAUCACAGGAACGCCCGCCGCAUUUGGAUCGUCAACGUUGGUGAUCUCAAGCCCAAGGAAAUUCCCAUCAGUCAUUUUAUGGACCUCGCCUACGACACUGAGCGAUGGGAGACUAGUACUACUAAGUGGGUUGAAGCAUGGGUUGAGCGAGAGUUUGGUAGUGAGCAUGUUGAAGCCAUCACAAGCAUCAUGACACGUUACGGCAUGUAUGCUGCUCGUCGCAAGUUCGAGUUGCUGGAGCCCUGGGUCUACUCAGUCAUUAACUACAAUGAGGCUGAAGCUAUUCUGGAGCAAUGGGCUACUCUGAGAGAAGACACCCAGGCUGUCUAUGACAAGAUCGACUCCGAGUUCCAGCCUGCCUUUUUCGAGAUGCUCCUCCACCCAGUUCUUGGUGGAGAGAUUGUGAACAAGAUCCAAAUUUACGGCGCCAGGAAUCAGCUUUACGCUGGACAGAAGCGAAACUCGGCCAACGAUGUCAUCUGGAAGUCUCUGGAUCUGAUGUACAAGGAUUCCAACCUGACACAGAGAUGGAACGAGGUUCUUGAUGGCAAGUGGGCACACAUCAUGGAUCAAACUCACUUGGGCUAUGAUGGGUACUGGCAACAGCCCAUGAGAAACAGCCUCCCAGAUCUCCGAUUCGUUCAGGACGUCUUCCCAUCUCUCGGUGGUCAAUAUGGUCUUGGCGUUGAAGGUUCAAAUGCCACCAUCAUGGGUGACAGUAAAUGGCACUCUUUGUCCUCCAAUGUCCUCGAACUUCCUCCUCUUGAGCCCUUCGGAGCUCAAUCUCGAUACAUCGAUGUCUUUCACCGAGGCCCCAAGUCUUGUAACUGGUUCGCAGCACCAUGGGAAGACUAUGUUAAACUGUCUCACUACAACGGUACAGUCGGUGGUAACAAUGGCUCGGAUAGCCGUGUGUAUGUCACAGUCGACUGGGACAAGGCUCCCAAGGCACCCAAUACAACAGAGGUGUUCAUCAACGUCACCAGUGACUGCCAGGGAUUCGAGAGAUACAGCGGCCGUGAUCCCAAGAUUGUCGCGACAGUCAUCAACCGAGAACUACCUGAAAGCUUCGAAGAGGGUUUCGUUGAAUCAGAUGGACAUGUUUCAAUCGAAGCAUCACACUACCAAAAGAUCCGUGAGGGAGACUCAAACAGCUCAUCGCUCGAGUAUCGCACUAUCAAGAACUAUGGCCGAACUCUUGCAGGUGUUGGCUUGUAUCCUCUUGACACUGAGAAGCUAGAUGUUGGCGAGGGACCCGCUUUGGAGUACGAUAUGUACCUGUACACCAACACUUCCGCGGCGAACGUGACCAUUUUCAUGUCUCCCGGUGCCAACUACCUUGGAGACCGAAACCCGCUCGAGUAUGCCAUUGUUCUGUACCCAUCCGGUGAGGAGCAGCCUGAUACAACUCUUGUGCGACCAAUUGGUCCCAACGUGGGUACUAAUAUGCCCGAUGGAUGGGGUUACGCUGUUGGAAACGCUGUUUGGGGCCUAUAUGGUAACUAUACCACGUCUUCAUUCGAGGUUCCCAAAGAGGGAGCCUAUACUCUUCGUAUCUGGGCCUUGUUGCCCAACAUCUUGAUUCAAAAGAUUGUGGUCGACCUUGGUGGUGUGCGACAGUCUUACCUAGGACCCCCAGAGAGCUUCCUUCUUGGCCGAGAUGAGCAAGGCAAGUACAACGGUACUUCGUUCGCAAGCACGUCAGGUAUUUUGGGAGGAACAUAUGAUAAGUCCUCAUAA